UGCUGGCGGUGGGUUUAAAGAGUCCCGGUGGGAGAGCAGCGGUGGAUCAGGGCUUUGCUACAUGUGCAGUAUUCCACUGGUUAGUCUGAAUACAGAGGAGAUGCCCAACGACAGCAUGCCCCUGCAGGACCUGCCCAGCCUGAGUCCUCAGGGCUCCAUGUUGUUUCACUCCAACAGAAUCAACAAACGCAAGUCCAGAGGUUUUCUCAGUGAGGGCCUGGACACUGAGUGCACUCCAACAGAGCUCAUCCAGCAGUGGUCACCACCACAUAAGCACCAGCGGCUUGCUGCCAAGGGGAAAGAGAAUGACGACAACCAUUUUGUCCUGGCCAGGAGAUCGAGGAGGAGGAAGGAACCCACUGCAGGGAUUUCAUGGGACCACCUACCAGAUGAGCUGCUACUCAGGAUCCUGUUCUGCCUCCCUCUGCAGGACCUCCUCAGAAAAUCUGUAGUUUGCAAGCGCUGGCAUCGUUUGGUGUUUGAUGAGUCUCUGUGGCACAGCGUGGAUCUGGAGGGGUUGACCCACAUGGGUCCAGCGCUGCAACAGGUGCUGAAGACCAGAAUCCGCAGACUGCGCUGCCCUCGCGCCUUUGUGGAGGAGUUUCACUUCACAGGCACAGACCCCCUGCAACUAGUUCAGAUGGAUCUGUCCAGCUCCAUCAUCCCCACUGCUGCUCUGGAGAGCAUUAUCUGUCAUUGCAGACUACUGGAGUUCCUGAGCCUAGAGGGUCUGCAGCUGUCAGACAACAUUAUCAGCUCUCUGGCCAAGAAUCCCAACAUGCUGCAGCUCAACCUGAGUGGCUGCUCUGGCUUCUCUGCUCCAGUUGUAGCUGACCUGCUGAAAUCCUGCUCCAGUAUAGAGCAGCUGAACAUAUCAUGGUGCAGCUUUAACAACGAUCAUGUGAAGAGUGUUGUUAGUCAUCUGAGUCCCAGCGUUACCCACCUCAACCUCAGCGGCUACAGAGAGAGCCUCACGCUAGAUGAUGUGAAGGUGUUGGUGGAAAGAUGCCGUCAGAUUGAAACUCUAGAUUUGAGUGACAGCACUCUGCUGAUGGCUGACGUCUUCCCUGUCCUCAAACAACUUAAGCGUCUGCUGCAUCUGUCCCUGAGUCGCUGCUACCACAUUCACCUUGCUGCUCUCACCGACCUGGGUAAGUUGUUCCCUGCACUGAGCCUGCUGGACGUGUUCGGCCUUGUGCAGGACAGCCACCUGCCAUCUCUGAAGAAGGAGAUGCCCCACGUCAGCAUCAACACCCGGCCGUUCUCCGGCGUUGCCCGGCCCAUGCCUGCCAGCAGGGCGGUUGGCUCUUCUAGCGACCACACCAUGUGGAACAGACAGUGCCGACUGAGGUUCAGACUGUAACCACCCGCACCACUACGCCUCCCUCAUGUUUUUAAGCUGAGGUGGCAUUUACGGUACUAAAGGCCACUUGGUGGACAAGACCUUUAAGUACCAAAAAUGCAAGAUGGUAGAGAAAUGCAAUACUAGUCAGUUCUGCAUGUUGAAUCCAGCUCUGGAUGUGUUAACAGAAAUGUUGAAUGGAUCUCUGAAUUUGUUACAGGUUCUAAUAAUGUGUUAAUUUAAAAUAUUUUGUAGGGGGUCUACAUUGUUAAAAAAGCUCAAAUGAAACAAUGUGGGAUGAAGUAUUGACAUUUUAAUGGUGUGAUGGUAAAAAAGUCCUGUUCUCAGCUGUAAUAAUGAGAGAACAGACGAUUUUAAUCAGCAAACAGGUUUUAAUGUAAAAUGAUGUGUAGGUCUUGAAUAUCUGUGGAUCUUCUUGUUACGCCACAUGGUGCUAAAGAGACACUGUUUUUAUAUGCAGGCUUAGACAUGCAUUCACCAGUGUAAUACCUGGACUGAGUUAUCAUUAGUGUACAUUUCACUUGUGUCCAGCUGGACAUUAGGUUAGUGCCCAAGUCUUGUUUUUACCACUUUAGUUUAAUGUCAAACCCACCGAACUUUACUGAAGUUUUAACUGUUCAUUUUCCCUUUGGCCUAAACAUUAAACUGCAAAAAAAAAAGUUUUUUGUAUUGACCCAUGAAAACAAA